AUUUAGUUAACCUAUGAAAACGUAUAAGUCCUGCUGAUAUGCAUUUGAUCCUUUUAUCGUUUCCAAAGAACAUACAAAACUGGAAACACCACGGAAGAACGACAUAAUUUACACUCGAAGCGUCGUGAACUCUUCAAUAUUUACUCGUUUGAUAGAUCUGUUUCCAAGCUUCUAAACCAACAUUAAAUCAAACACCAUCAUGGAUACAAAAUCACUAGCAAAAUCAAAGAGAGCACAUACACAACAUCAUAAGAAGCAUCAUCAUAAUCAAAAGGCAAAAGCUACUACUACCUCUACAGGAGCCUCUAUCACACUCAAGCCACCAGGGAAUGUAGUUAAAGAACAACCCCCCCAAUCUCAUUUCUCACCUUCACUCCCCUCUAAUUGGGACCGAUAUGAAGAUGAAGAUGAAGAUGAAGAUGAUCCCAUGACAAAAAGUCAAAUACAUGGUCAAUCUAGUCAACAAAGUGACGUAGUUUUACCUAAAAGUAAAGGUGCAGACUAUGCUUACUUGAUUUCUGAAGCCAAAUCCCAGAAUUCAACGAGGUUUUCUUCAGAUAUCUUUCCAUCUUUUGAUGAUUUUGUUUCUGAUUUUGAUCAGGGGAAAGACUCCUUUCUUGGUGUAAGAGGAGAAAGCUUGGUAUCAUCAAUUCAAAAUGAUAGUUUCUUUGUGGAUGAUAAGACACCUGCAAGCUAUGAGGCUUCAUUUCUAUCACUCAAUUUGCAUGCUCUUUCGAAGCAGCUUGCAAAAAUAGAUUUACCAAAAAGGCUUUUUAUGGAACCCGAUUUAUUCCCUCAAGAUAUGUAUUCUGAAAGAGAACAGGAACCCGAACCAUCCAAACCCACCACGAGCCACACUGGUGUGAACCCAAUCGUGGACCCCACACCAAACCCGGUUCCAGACCCAAGUGAGAUUCAAUCAAAAUUUGAACCGAAAACAGCUGAACUUGAACUCGAUAUGCUUUUGGAUUCUUUUGUGGAUGCUAAUUUGAAGGAAAAGAAAGAAAAAUCAAGGAAAGAAGAAACUGUAGCAUUUGAUAUUGAUGGGACCCUUGAUGACCUACUUAAGGAAACGUCUACUCCUCCGGUUGAAAUUGAAAUUUUAUCGGAGACUUCCCGAACUGUGUCCAAUCCCAAAUCUGAACUGCUUGAUGAUUUUGAUUCAUGGUUGGAUACAAUUUGAUUAUUUUUAUUUUUAUAAAAAAAGAAAUAUGUAGAAUACGGAAAAAUAACCUGGGUGUUACAUUUGGAUGAGUUAUAUGUCAUUAUGUGAUUUUGGUUUGUUUUUAAAUCGGGAAAAACGGAACGUGGAUUUGAAUCUACAUGACCUUCGUAUUGUGUUUGUUACAUGAGACGUAAAGGCCAGAAGGUCAAUGAGGAUGAGAAGGAAAAUGUAAUUUAGGUAUUAAACUGUUUCAGUCUAAUGAAUGUUAAUGAAUGUC